UCGCUCCUCCCCCGCUGGCCUCAGAGCUUGGAGGCGCGCCCCGCUCCGCUAGUUCGCUCGCUCGCGGCCCGCCAGCCCCUUGGGCGCAGCGGGAAGCGCCCCGGCAGCGCGGAGCAGCGCAGGAGCGGGCGGCGCGGCGACCGCGCGGGGCGGAGCGGGCGGGGCCCGGCGCUCGUCCCCCGCGCCCGGCGGCCGCCGCCAUGAGCGGCUCCUCGGGCACCCCGUAUCUGGGCAGCAAGAUCAGCCUCAUUUCCAAGGCGCAGAUCCGCUACGAGGGCAUUCUCUACACCAUCGACACCGACAACUCCACCGUGGCGCUCGCCAAAGUGAGAUCCUUUGGUACCGAAGAUCGUCCUACAGAUAGGCCUGCUCCCCCAAGAGAGGAAAUUUAUGAGUACAUCAUUUUCCGGGGAAGUGACAUCAAAGAUAUCACUGUGUGUGAACCUCCGAAAGCUCAGCACACUCUCCCUCAGGAUCCUGCCAUCGUUCAGUCUUCUCUGGGCUCUGCCUCCGCCUCGCCCUUCCAGCCGCAUGUGCCUUACAGCCCCUUCAGAGGGAUGCCRCCCUACGGCCAGCUGGCAGCCAGCUCCCUGCUCAGCCAGCAGUAUGCUGCGUCCUUAGGUCUAGGAGCUGGCUUUCCUUCUGCCCCUGUUGGCAAGAGCCCCAUGGUGGAACAGGCUGUCCAGACUGGCUCUGUCGAUAACCUGAAUGCCAAGAAGCUGUUACCUGGCAAGGGCACCACAGGGACGCAACUCAACAGUCGCCAGGCCCAGCCAAGCAGCAAGACCACUGGCGAUGUAGUCCCACCGGCAGCUGUGCACACUCAAGGGCAGGUGAAUGACGAGAACCGAAGACCUCAAAGGAGGCGGUCAGGCAACCGGCGAACAAGAAAUCGCUCCAGGGGGCAAAACCGUCCAACUAAUGUCAAAGAGAACACGAUCAAGUUUGAAGGUGACUUCGAUUUCGAGAGUGCAAAUGCUCAGUUCAACCGAGAGGAGCUUGAUAAAGAAUUCAAGAAGAAGCUGAAUUUUAAAGAGGACAAAGCUGAGAAGGGGGAAGAGAAGGACCCAGCUGUGGUGACUCAGAGUGAUGAAACUCCUGCUGAAGAAGACCUCCUGGGGCCCAACUGCUACUACGAUAAAUCCAAGUCAUUCUUUGACAACAUCUCCUCUGAACUCAAGACCAGUUCCAGGCGUACAACAUGGGCUGAAGAGAGGAAGCUCAACACGGAGACCUUUGGCGUGUCAGGGAGGUUCCUUCGCGGUCGUAGUUCUCGUGGUGGGUUCCGUGGAGGAAGGGGCAACGGGACAACCCGGCGCAACCCGACUUCCCACAGAGCUGGGACUGGCAGGGUGUGAAGAUGCAGCCUGAGCUCCUACUGAAGAGCACAGAAGUGAUGUCAAGGACACCACAGAAAUGCUCUGCACUGAACAGGGAAGGAGUGGGUCCCGUUUACUGAGUUGGAAAAUUCCCAUACUGCUACUUACGUUUUGGACUUAACUGAACUUAGACGUGGUCUGAGUUAAAACCACUUGUUUUUUGGGAAGUAUUCAUGGGUAACCUCUUUGAGGUAUCUUGACCUACAUUUCCUUUUUGGUUGCGCAUAGCCUAAUUCUAAGGUUUUGGCAUUUUCUAUAGCGAAGGUUUGAUCCUCRCUUUGUGGUUUUUUCUUUUUUUAUGACAGCUUUGACUUUUAAAGUGGAACCAAAUCUCAUUUGGCACAUGCGGCCAAGUGCAUUUCUGUAACCCAUCUGGCCCCUGGUGCUGCUGGCCUGGCACCCCACCCCCCCACCGUCAUUGGUAGGGUCUCAGGAGCCUGGCAGGGCCAGCACAGGGUGGGCCGGACAUGUGCGUGGGUGGGGCAAAGGCAGGGAAAGGGAUAUCCCAUGGAUCAUGUGUAACAAACCGAAGUGAUGUUGUUAGGGUUGGGGGCUGGCAGAGGGUGGUGGACUUGGUGGUACUGGGAAGGGACCCUGAACGUUACCUAUGCAGAGCCUGGCKUCCACAGGCACUGAGGCCAAGGGUUGAAGCCCUGAGCCACCCCAUACAAUGUUCCCCUGGCUCUCUUGUCCUGUCCUUACCAGCCUCUGACCCAGGUCAGUGUUGGACUCUUGUCCUCAUCCACUUGGAAAUGAGCCAGUCUUUUUUUGCAAGGUCAGUUGACCUUUUUUCCUCUGGAUUGUAAAUAGUUCUUGUGUGUUUGUUUUAAAGGUGGGUGGAGGGAGGGUGGGGAAUAUAAAUUUGUUGCAUGAGUAAGAUGGGUCAGACCUCCAGUGUAAGCAUGCAUCCUUCUGAUUGACAGGGCAUUUUGUUGAAAAUAAGCACCUUGGUAACUAAACCCCUUUAAAUAGCUAUGAAGGCUUUAGUUCUGUAUUAAGUCAUUAUAAAUGCUUGGGUUUAUUUUUGUAGGACUUCAUGGCUGAGAAGUAGAACAUAGCAUUGGCACUGCUUUGUUUGGGAAAUGUAAAUUGUAAUUAUAAAUAAAUAUGCAAACCCUUAAAACUUUUUUCUGUGCUGCCUAACAACCUCUGCAGCAUAUCCAGGGCCCACCCAGAGGCAGGUGCUAUUCAGCCCUAGAGUACACUUGGGGUGGUAGGAUUUGGGGGAAUUGGUUCCAUAUAGUGCCCCAGGAAGGAGACCCUGCUGAAGUGCAGUGAGAUAGGCCUGGAUCCUCUUGUCGGCGGCCUUUCUGGGAUGAGUGGCCCUGCUGUCUAGAAUCUGCAUACACACUAGUUUAGGCUAAAAGCAGUCCAUUUACUUCAGUAUAACGAGUUUCCAGGUGACUUUAAAAGGAGUGCUCAGAGGACCAGAAGGGACAGCUGAAUUUGGCUUUCCCUUAUGGUACCUGCCUAUGCUCUACUUAGGCUCUAGAGCAGGAACUGGCAGCAGGCAGCCUUCUGUUUUGGUGGUGGCAGUGGAGGGAAGUAACCCAAUGCCCAGUUCUUUUCAGUGUGUAUGGUAGAUGCCAGGGGCCACAGCCCUCAUUCUGACCUGUGCAGCUCAGCAGCUGGAGUGUGCUGCUGGUGGAUGUAAAGGUUGCUUACCACCUGAAGUAGCCUUGCUGUUAAUCCAGUUGACAGUCAUUUUGACAAUUACACAUUUUUAUGCUGAGCUUAAAAGUGAUCUCCUGAGUCUGUGUUUUAGAGGAUAGCAUAUACUGCAAGCCAGAGAGGGCAGCUGGCKGCUGAGGGAGGCAGCAGCACGUGCCUGGAGCAGCCCAGGACCCAAAGGCCAAGAGGGGUUCUUUCUGGCUAAAACGUGAGAGAGGGGAACAGCUAGGUAGAAAACAGGAGACAAACAAAUCCAUUAAAAGCCGAAAGAAAGAACUAAUUUUGAAUAUAGCAACUCAUUGCCUGGAAGGAAAUGGAAAAUUGUAUUGAACCCCCAGAGGCGAACCCUGGCUUGUUAGGAGCCCGGCAAYAAGGGACAGAAAAGUAAGUGCGUAAAAA